AUGGCCGAGGGCAGCGAGCUGAUGAACAGGCUCGUGAGCGAGAACGCGGACCUGAAGAAGCAGGUUCGGCUGCUGAAGGAAAACCAGAUGCUGCGGCGGCUGCUCAGUGAGAGCUGCCCGGACAGUUGCAGUCGUGGGGGCCGCGAGCCCCUCUUCCUCAAGGCCACCCCCUACCCCGAGACCUGCUCCCCCGGCAGCGGAGGUCCAGAUUUCACAAGGUACACUGGUGUCCCCGGCACGCCACCCCAGCUGCAGACGUCCUCCCUGGAGGACCUCCUGUGCUCACACGCCCCCCUCUCCAGCGAGGACGACGCCUCCCCGGGUUGCGCAACCUCCUCCCAUGCACCCUUUAAGGCCUUCCUUGGCCCCCCAGAGCUGCACACCCCCCGAAGCACCGACAGGAAGCUGUCCCCAAUCCUUAGCCCCUUGCAGGACCCGCUUACAGACAAGACCUUGCUGGAGGCCAGGGAGAUGGUCCGGCCUAAGAAGGUGUGCUUCUCGGAGAGCAGCCUGCCCACUGGGGACAGGACCAGGAGGAGCUACUACCUCAAUGAUAAGGUCUCCUAG